AUGAGAAUCAAGCACCACAUCCGGAUGCCGACGGGACACCUGGAAGAAGACGAGUUCGUUGCGGUAAAGACGAGAUCUAACACCCCCGAAGGCGCUGCGGCCGGCGGCAGCGGCUCCUUUUGGUUGUCCGCCGUGUCGGCCGCGGCCUCAGCGGCGUCUCACCCCGGUCACCCCCUGGAGGGAUGUAACGAGACAGGGUUCAUCAACAGCCAGCCUUCGAUGGCAGAGUUCAUGACGGCAUUGCCCCAUAUUUCGGGGGAAAUGCCCCACGGACCUCCCAUGAGCCCCCAGCAUACUCCUCCAGGAAGCGGCUUCCCCAUGGAUGUGCCUCACGGGAUGGGCUCUCCCGGUGUAAACGUGCCGGAAUACCCCUGGAUGAAAGAGAAGAAAACCACAAGAAAGAACAGUCAACAAGGUAAUUGA